AUGCCGAGAAGUAGCAGUGAUAGAAGAAGCAGCGGGAGCAGACGCAGGAGUGGGAAAAGGGACCCGGUUAACGAACGGGACGUGAGGUUUAAGAAUUUUGCGAGGCGCGUGUUGGAAGGAGUUCCGGGUCACCCGGAGUCGAGGAUGGUGGAGGACGAUUUGCAGUAUGGGAGUCGCGGAAAAGUCUACUGCAGCAAUUUGCUGCAGGUACUGGGGGUUCUGAGUAUGAUGCCCAAUUACCUGGAAUUGGUUCGGUGGGUCGACGAGGGAUGGCCGCUAACAAUUGCCCAACUGCCACCCGAACUGGGUGGCCAUUCAAUCUUAUGUCGAUUCCGAAUUAUUCGAAGACGAAAUGGAACUUUGGCAAGUCCCAGUGCCAGUCGACAUAUUAUCGAACGAAUAAUUUCUGAAGUGAACGAGAUUCACUUCAUGAAGAAGUCGGUGUUGAUGAAAAAAUACCUUCAUGAUGUUACCAACAUCGCAAUGUUGGACCGUCGGGGACCCAACCCAUCACCCGGCCCUCAGGAGGAGCGGCCCGCCGAACCCCUGCCACAGCCCGAGGAACCGUUUAUGGGGAUAUUUUAUGGGGGAGAAGAAGAUGAGGAGGAACUAACAGAUAACGACGCUAACCAACCCCAACCUAACGACAACACUAACGACGAAACUAACCCAACACAAGCAGAAGAGGGGCCUGCGCAGCCCCGUUACUUCUUGCGCAGGCCCCAGACCCCAAGGCAGCCGAAGCAGCAACGUGAGCCGCAGGUCUUCCGGCCGCACAACAUCGAGCAUUUGCGGCCGGAACAUCAGGCCGAGCUAGCGGCACCAGAUACGGAAGCGUAUCACGUCGACAACAACAUGAUCUGGUGCCGUCUAGCCGGAUGUGCCAGGCCCGACCAGCCAUUCAAAACGGUCCGGGCCUGGAAAAUUCAUGUGCAGAGGGCGGCUUGUCACCGUCGCCAAACCCUCUGCACUGCCUGCGGCCACAACGUGGUCUUGCCCCCCUCGGCGCACCUUUCGGCCGCCGAAAUCAAAGUCAUCAUGGACGCCCACAGAUCCGAAAGGUGCGUCGGCGUCUCCAAAAAGGCCUUGGAGACGCGAAAAACCGCUGCCGAGCGUCUAAUGAUUCUGGGCCGUGAUAACUCGCAUAUCGCGGUCCCAGAUGAGGACGCAGAAGAGGUCCAGGUGCCGUCAAAUCCUCGCAAGAGGCACCUGGCCUCCGAGGCAGCGUGGAGGGCAGACCAAUGCUGCCAAUAUCUCAAACGAUUCAAGGACGACCAUCCCGAUUUAAUGGAACAAAUCGGGAUGGAACACCAGCUCAGAUUCGACUAA